CAAUUGACGACGAUGGAGUCCGAUUCAGACUCAGACGGCUCUCACAUCUCGGCCACUCCGCCGCGGCCAAAGCCCACCCUUAUCUCCAGACCUAGGUCCUCUCAAUCCAACUCAAAAGCCAAAAAGCUCUUCUCCGAACCCCCGGCCCCCGCCAGACCCGACCCGUCUCCUCUUCUCUCCUCCGAUUUACCUUUCCAGAUACUCCGCCGCCCGCCCGGUCAAACCCUCGCUAUCCCGACCGUCGAUUCCUUCGUCACUCCCGGCUACUUCUCCAAAUCGGCGCCGUCGUUCUCGAAAAACCGACGUGUCAGCAUCGAUUUCGAUCCGGACACAUACGACCCGCCGUCUACUUUCUCACCGCCGAAUCCAAAGCCUCAGCCGGAGGCUGGUAUCUCUGGAUCUAACUAUUCUGCCGCCGAUUGGGUACCGCCGCCGCCGGAGCCCAAAGUUGAAGUUGCUAACAGGUCUGGGGUUUCAGCCAAAAUUGUGAAGAAAAACGUCAAUCUGAUUCGAGGUAAUGCUCCUUUGCCGCCGGUGAAGCUCAAAGGAGGAGCCGAAGGGAACUUUGUGAAGCUCAACCUGAACGGAAGGAAGCGCAAGUUUCUGAACAAGGGGAGAAGAGGAAGUACCAGUUCCUCAGGUCGUCGGAAAUUUUACCGGAAAGGUAAAAGAAAAUUGACAGCGCAAGAUGGAAAUGAAGGAGAUGAAGAUGGCUCGGUUACAGAGGCAAUUGCAGAGCAACAGAUUCGGAGCCAGGAGGACAGUAAAAGAGCCAAGAAAUUCAACCUGGAAGCGUUUGAAGAGGCGGUUGCGGCGGCUCGGAGUGAGCCGUCGGAUGAGAACUUGGUGAAGCUGUUGAGGCUGACAUAUGGCUAUGAUUCGUUCCGAGAUGGGCAGCUGGAGGCAAUCAAGAUGGUGCUGGCCGGAGAUUCGACCAUGGUUGUUCUGCCGACGGGUGCCGGCAAGUCUUUGUGUUAUCAGUUGCCUGCUGUGAUUUUACCUGGGGUGACUUUGGUUGUUAGUCCAUUGAUUGCAUUGAUGAUUGACCAGCUCAAGCAGCUUCCUCAUAUGAUUCGUGGUGGUCUUCUUUGUAGUAGUCAGACACUGGAAGAAGUUUCCGGGACGAUUAGGCUGGUUCAAGAAGGGGGCAUAAAAGUGCUUUUCGUCUCCCCAGAGAGAUUCUUGAAUGGAGAAUUCCUGUCUAUAUUUUCUGCCACUCCUAUAUCUCUUGUUGUGGUGGAUGAAGCUCAUUGUGUAUCUGAAUGGUCACACAAUUUUCGGCCAUCAUACAUGAGGCUCAGAGCUUCUAUGCUUCGUGCGAAGCUCAAUGUGAACUGCAUUCUUGCAAUGACAGCUACUGCCACAGCCACAACUUUGAGUUCUGUCAUGUCAGCUUUAGAGAUUCCUCCAAACAAUCUCAUUCAAAAAGCCAACCUAAGGGAUAAUUUACAACUAUCAGUGUCAUCAAGUGGAAAUAGAAUGAAAGAUCUGCUGAAGUUGAUCAAGUCUACUUCCUUUAAGGAUGUUCAGAGCAUCAUUAUCUACUGCAAAUUUCAGUUUGAAACAGAAAUGAUAAGCAGAUACUUAUGUGACAACAAUAUCAAUGCAAAGAGUUACCACAGUGGUAUCCCUUCAAAAGAUCGUACGCGUGUGCAGGAGUUAUUUUUUACUAACAAAAUUAGAGUGGUUGUUGCGACUGUGGCCUUUGGCAUGGGCCUUGACAAGAGGGAUAUUGGCUCUGUGAUUCAUUACACCUUACCAGAAAGCUUGGAGGAAUAUGUUCAGGAAAUCGGACGAGCUGGACGGGAUGGAAGGUCAUCCUAUUGCCAUCUUUAUUUUGAUGACAACACAUAUUACAAACUUCGAAGUCUUAUGUAUAGUGAUGGAGUGGAUGAAUAUGUGGUAAACAAAUUCCUCUGCCAAGUAUUCACCAGUGAUGAGAACUUGAAGGGAAAAAUUUAUUCGUUGGUUAAAGAAACUGCAUCCCGCAAGUUUGAUAUGAAAGAAGAGGUGAUGCUCACAAUUCUAACGCAGUUGGAGUUGGGUGAAGUGCAGUAUUUGCAUUUACUUCCAGAGAUAAAUGUAACAUGCAUUUUGAAUUUUCAUAAGACUUCCCCAGUUUUGCUUGCUGAAAAGGAUGUUCUUAUUGCAGCAAUUCUGAAGAAGUCUGAGACUAAGCAUGGACAAUGUGUGUUUGACAUACCGACUAUAGCAAAUAGCAUUGGAGUUACAACUACCAUCCUAACAAACCAUUUACAGAAUUUAAAGUUGAAAGGAGAAGUAACAUAUGAAGUGAAGGACCAAGCCUACUGUUAUACAAUUGUGGAGGUCCCUGCAGAUCUUUGUUCUCUAUCAGCACAGCUUACAAAAUGGCUAUCAGAGGUUGAAAGUUGUAAGGUGCGGAAGUUGGAUGCAAUGUUUAAUGCGGCAGUCUCUGCUGUUAAUAACUGUGAGAAGAUGGAAGGUUGUUCUGAUGCCCAGCAAACACUAUGUUUGCAAAGGAAGAUUUUGGAGUAUUUCAGUGAAGAUAAUGUUGAUGUCCCUAAUAAGAUGGGUAAAAGCAGCCCAUUUUUGCAAGCAGAUAUAAAAGUCUUUCUACGGAGCAAUUCACAGGCCAAAUUCACCCCCAGAGCUGUUGCAAGGAUCAUGCAUGGCAUUCCAAGUCCAGCAUAUGCUUCUGCAUUUUGGUCUAAAACUCACUUCUGGGGAAGAUAUACGCAUAUAGACUUCCAGGCGGUAAUGGAAGCAGCAAAGGCGGAAUUGAUCAAUUUUGUGAGGAAGGAUGCAGUCUAGCCAUUUUAGAGCUAAGGCAUCCUUUCUUGUUUAGUGAUCCAGAGGAGGGCUACUGAAGUCUGGAAAAGAUCAACAUCUUCAACCAGCAUGGAACAGACUCAACAGUGAUGAAUUCUCAACUCUGGUGCUAUACAUGUUAUGGUAGGUAAGCAUUAAGCUGCUCCCAUCUUUCUCCUAUGUAUCGAGUAUCAGCCAAGGCUUUGCCAAGGUCGGCAACUUUUGUGAAUACAUCAGCACCUACUAGAAGGCAUUACUUUUUGUAACAGGAAAGGCAAAGCCAAAAUCUACAUGGACAGAGGCGUUGAUUAAUGACCCAGAAAAUAGUUUACACCAUAUUUUAAGUUAUAUAUGGUCCAAGCAGAAUACACGAGCAGGUUCGAGUUGUAAUAAUGAAUCUAGUGAUCAAAAAGUCCUAAAGCCAUUAUGCAAGAGUUCUGUACACGCAAGGUGGCAAGAAGAGGCGCCAAGCAAAGUUGGAAGUUACUCUAACUCUCAAUUGUGAUUAAACAAAAGUAAAUUGGACGUAUUAUCAUGAAAUGUCAAAUCAGUUUCUAUUGUGCCAAUUUUACAGAUAAUCCUACCUGAUUCCUUGUUUUUGAGUAAUUUGGACUGUUCUUUUGAUAACCCUUUCACAUCUAUUGAUCCGACGCUCUG